GGGAAGAAUAAUUUCACGAGGUGACAGAUGGAAUGUUCAAGUCCACUCGGCUUCACCUCGCGGAAUGGAAGAUUCCAUCUGUCACCUCAUGAAAUUAUUCUUACCAUUGCACUCAUAACCAUUAAUUAUUUACAAAUUCAGUUUUAUAGUUUUAUACUAGCAGAAUUUUAUCGGUCAGUGAAUUCAUGUACAAAUUCACUGUCGAUACAUUUGCACGUCAAGUGAUGUUCUACUAUAUUGCCCAAUGUAUUUGCUUGGAUGUCAAAAUACUAGGAAAAAACCAAGACACUUGGGAAGUAUGGAGAAAGUGAUUUCCAAAUCUUCUUUGAAGACAUUGCCUUAACCAGUUAUCAUUCUUAUUGACCACAGAAUCCAUAAAGCAAUACAGACAAUGUGGUGUUGAUGUUUGUUAAUGUAGUAGUUGAUGACCCAUUAUAUAUAAUAAUGGGAUGACGCGAGAUCACAAAACCCCAGACAUUUUGGAGGAUUUUGUAGGAUUGAUGAGGUUGGUGUGAACCCAGCCAUUAGUACUUAACACAUGGUGUCCCUUGAAAGAUAAAGUAUGUAGUACAUGUAUUUGGCACUUGGUUCCUGUAAAGUGAUGGAUUUUGAAGGAUUCAGGAAGGUUGCCUGUUUGGAUUUUUGUUUUAUUUUUGCGAGAGUGUUGUACCUGUGUUGUGUUUUCCAAAGACAGUGUAAAUAUAGUCAUUCUUUAAAAAGAUGGCAGAGAUUCGUGGACUGAAAGAAUUGUUAAUAAGUUUAGUUCUUUCCUGACAGCGUUCAAUGAAAUAACUGAUUAGAGUCUACAAUCCUGGCCAAAAUGGUUGGGACACGUCCACACAAUGAUCAUACCCUCGCCCGCUCCCCCGCUCAAUGUUGUCAUCUCGUGCUUGGGCACAGACCGUGCAAUGAGAGACAACAUUGGCCGGGGGCCGGGGGUGGGGGUCCAGGGAGUUUUGGCCGGGAUUGUAGAUGCCCAUUUUCAUUUGUCACCAAGCAUACGUUUCCCCAGUUUACAAUAUCAACCUUGGGCCCCCUGCAAAUUUCAAUUGAUAACUGCAGCCAAGGUAACUUACAUGUAACCUAUAUGCCUCUGUGUUACAUGGUGUUUAUCCAGUGGAUCCAGGGUGCUUGGGCAGUUUAGGGCGGUACUUUGCGUGAGCGUCAGGCGUCAUCAACAAUGCGCUCAAAUGUAUCUCCAGGAUUCCCACGGUUAUGGAAAAAUCAUGGAAAGUCCUGGAAAAUAUUUGUCCUGGGAAGUCAUGGGAAGUCAUGGAAAAUUGGAAAAAAUUUAAAAAGUCAUGGGAAUCAAGAUCAUGUAGGGGUUGUUUUUGAUGGGCCGCUUUAACGAUGGCUGUAAGGGGAGGAGGAGGCCAUUUAUUAUUAAUUCAUAUCUUUUAUUCAUAAAUCAACAACAACAAAAAGACAUGGAUGAAACCAAGAACAUCAUUAAAACUUAUUUUCCAAAGCUAACAAAUGGUUAGCCUAACAUCAGCUGUUCAUCAGUAUCAUAAUACCAAACAAUUUUUCUCUUCAAAAUGGCGUUAAAUGUCAUCGAAAUUGUCAAAUUUUAGUCCUGGAAAGUCCUGGGAAAAGUCAUGGAAUUGGGUUUUCAGAUUUCUGUAGGAACCCUGAUCUCCCAUAGUCUCCCCCAACCCCAACUCUCUUACAGUUGAGAGGGGUACUCGUGCACAGAGCUCAUAAAAGUCAAGUACAUUUUUGUCGGGUACAUUUGUCACAGCCAGUUCUCAGAAUAUGAUACAUCACAAUUUUGGUGAAAAUUGUAAAAAAAAAUUAAAAAAAUAAAUUAAAUAGCACGUUUGCAUUUUCUUAAAAGGCAUGAUAAACAUCAUAUCUUGGAAUUGUAUUUAAUGUGAUAUUGGGGGCAGUCAAAUAUUCAGCAUUUCUGGGUAUACUCAAUUUUGCAUGGUUGCAUCUGAAAUUUCGAUAAAUGUUUGAUUUAUGCUUUUGAAUUGAAGUAAUAGCACUAUGAUUUUUAAAUUAGAAUCUAUAGGAUAUUAGGAGUUCUUUGAGUGAAAUAAACUUAAGCUAAAAUGAAAUCAUGUGGGUAAGCUUCUUUAUUUGAUCAAAUUUGUCUGAAACAAAUGCUUAAUUGUUUGUUUUUUAUCACUGGAUAUAUGGACUUGUAUUUGCAGUUACUUGCUUUUCUUUCUGUAGUUCCAGUUUCUCCAAGUGAAAAUCAGAAACUUUACAUUAUACAUGUAUAAACAAAACAAAAAGCUUUGUUUAACUUGUAUUCUCUUUUAACUUGUGUUCUGACAGUAUAAGGAAAAAACAAAAACAAUUUGCUUGUGCAAAAGAAUAUUCUUUAUGUAAAAUAACCGGUGUACAUUUUGUUGAAUGUUGGGUUUUUGUGUCUGAAAUUGACAAAAUUAUGAACUGUUCUGGUUAUUGGAUUGAUGGAGAUUUUGAGAUAUCUAGGUAGAUAUAAAUUUGAAAGAAGAUUGAAAGAAAAAAAACUUACUAGAUAGAGAACAGUUUCACGUCCUAUUCGGGUCGCUUUCUCAGCUCAAAAUGCUAAUUGAACUGCACCAUAUUUUUUGCUUAAGUUUGUUUAUUGGUUUGUAUACAUGAAAAGGAUUCGUAGUCGGACAGUAUCCAGAAUAGAUGCAGUGGUGAUGCAUAAAUUUAUACUGUGCCAGGUCAUGUUAACAAAAAUUCAUUUUUGGCAUUCAAGUGUGGCAUUGUGAAGCGCUAGCUUUAUGCAAAUUACUUUUUUAUGAGAGCCAGCUAGCCAACAGACUGUGACUGCAGCCUCAUUGUGUGGAGCUGACUUUUGAGUGAUAACCCAGGGACUCCAGUCAAGGCCGUCAUAUUUUUUAGCAUUACUACACUGCUACAUUACUACUGGAUUUAGGGCACUCGGGCACUCAAUUCACUGUUUUAUCUGGUAACUUUCGGCAAGGGUGGUUUUUUGUCUCAAGAAUACACCAUGGAGCAACUGGCUCUUGUAGGUUGGGACCGUGCAGUCAUUGGAAUCUAUAUAGUCCUCACACUUGUCGUGGCAGCUUUUAGGCUUUGGAAAUCCGACCGUGGAAGCAAAGAGGGGUACUUCCUUGGAGAUCGCAAAGUGACGUGGUUUGGGAUUGGAGCCUCACUCUUUGCUAGCAGCAUGAGCUUUGAGAGGAUUAUUUCCCUAACUGGGGGCGGAGCCUCCACAGGCCUCGCAGCUGCAGCUACUGAAAUACUUGCAUUGCCUUUUCUGUUGGUACUUGGAUGGGUGUUUGUUCCAGUCUACAUCACAAGCAAUGUAUUCAGCCUUCCCCAGUACAUUCACCGACGGUUUGGUGGUCAACGGAUGCGCAUCCUACUUGUUAUCAUCUAUCUUGUGCUCUACAUCGGAGUCAGGUUGUCUGUGAAUUUGUACGCCGUUGCUACCUUUCUUCAAUCUAUCUUCCCUGAUUGGAGCAUUUAUGCAGUUGUGAUCCCCAUGAUUCUGGUGGUGGCUUUGUACACAAUCCCAGGAGGAUUGGGGGUUGUCAUUGCUAUGCACAUCGUGCAGACGUUGGUCAUCAUUGCUGGCUCCUCUGUUCUUGCAGUCUAUGCGUACAUGGAAGUUGGUGGAUACCCUGGCUUGAAGAAGAAAUAUUUCAGUCCAAAAUCCGUAUCCAAUGACAGUUUCAUGAAGAUGGACCAGCCGUGCGGUUUCCCUAAGGAGAAUGCAUUCUACAUGCUCAGAGAUGCCAAUCAGCCUGAUAUGCCGUGGGCCGCUUUUCUGUUUGGAUACAGCAGCAAUAUUUUCUGGAUGUGGUGCGCAGACCAGUUGCUGGUUCAGAAGGCAAUGACCGCUAAAAACCUGUCGCAUGCCCAAGGAGGCUGCAUCUUUGCUGGGUAUCUCAAGAUCUUGCCCAUGUUUCUCCUUGUGAUUCCGGGAAUGAUCAGCCGCAGCCUGUAUGCUAAUGUUGUUGGCUGUGCAACAGAAGAGCAGUGUCAGGCAGCGUGCGGCAACCCUCAUGGCUGUAGUGAAUUUGCAUGGCCAAAACUCAUCAUGGGUCUUUUGCCACAGGGGCUCCUUGGUGUCCUACUGGUCGUCAUGUUGGCUGCUGCGAUGGCUGACCUGUCGUCGGUGCUCAACAGCGCUGCUACAAUCAUCACCGUAGACAUCGUUGGAGGCGUGAACAAGCGUUUAAUUGGCCGAUGGGCCAUGGCUGCCGCUAGGACUUCUAUCCUUGUGAUGCUGGUAGUCUGUUUUGCCUGGGUACCCGCAGUCCAUUUUGGUAUGGGAAUGAGUGACGUGUUCACUGCAAUCCUCAAAGUCCAGUUUGGCUUUGCUCCAUCCAUCGCCGCUGUGUUCCUUCUGGCCAUUGUUUGGCCAAGAGCCAAUGAGAAGGGUUCUUUCUUUGCCCUGUUGAUUGGAGUAGCAUUGGGCAUUGCGCACAUAGUAUGCAGCAUCAUGUUCCCGCAACCAGCCUGUGGCACUGAAGACACUCGUCCGGUGUUCUUCAAGAAAGUUCACACCUUCUACAUCACUCUGAUCAUAUUUGCGGUGACGGUGAUUGUCGAUGUCAUCAUUAGCCUCUGCACAGCGGCACCAGAUAACAGACUGCUUGUCCGUACCACGUUCUGGCACCGACACAGUUCUGCCUCAGCUAAAAGCUGUGCGAAGAAAUCGGAGACUGCCCACACAGACCCAUUCCAGCUUCUUAUAGAUGAAGAUGCUUAUGAAGUUGCAGAUGAGAUGACCCACUGGAGGCGCAAGUCCAAGGCGCGCCAUUGCUAUGAGUGGUUCUGCGGCUAUGCGAGCUACGACGUCACCCCAAGGCGUAAACGUCCCUGCGACAGCGACAGCUUUACUAAGUAUGAGGCGGUUGACAUCAGCCAGAGCACAUGCACCAAGGUCUUCCUGAACAUAAAUUUGGUGAUCGUUCUGCUGGCUGCCAUUGCGAUGUUUUCGUUCUUCUCGCUUCCAACUCAUAUCAUGGUGUAUGAAAACAGUCAAGCUUAAUUACGCCUUUAGUCCUUGUACCGCCCCUAACCGCCCUGCCUGUUACUCCUCAUACCACCCCAAACUGCCCUGGCAUUCUUUGGUUGAUGGAUGCAUGGAGGAGUAAAUAACAUGUAAUACAAUUUAAUACAUUUGCUAAGUGGUUAAGCUGGAGAGCACUUGUGUUAGCUAAGCAUACAAAGUUUGGCUUAGCAAAAAAAAACAAAGUACAACUCAAAAUAGCAUAUGAAGUAUUGCUUCUCUGCUUAUUUUUGAAAGCAUGAACAUUUGAUGAAAUUUGGUUUAAGAUGUUGGGGAGAUUUUCUGUAGGUUUACCUUUCACUUGGAAUAAAGCCGUAAUUGCAUUUUUGUAUUGUCUGAAUUGUUUUGAUGUUUGAGACCACAAAUCUUUCCCAAGAUAGCACCUUUUAAUGAAAGAGGUUGGACUGUUCUAAAAAAAAAAGAUUCAUGAAAUAUUAUCUUCUGUUUUAAUACAUCUGCUAUUACAUAAAUAUUUUGUGGAACAUGAAACAUUUUCUGAAUUAAGGGUAAUGUGUACAUUGAGCAGAUUAUUUCUUAU